AUGGAGGUUGAAUACUGUACUCGUUUAAUAGCUGUUUUAGAUGUGACGCGCUUUUUAUUGAAGCAAGGUUUGCCUUUCCGUGGACAUGAUGAGUCCUUGAGCUCAUUGAACAAGGGCAAUUUCCUUGAGCUGCUUGAGUGGUAUAGCCUAAGAAAUGAUAAGGUUUUCAGGGUGGUCAAUCAAAAUGCUCCUGCAAAUAAUCAAAUGACUUCACCGAAGAUUCAGAAGGAGUUAACAAAUGCUUGUGCAGCAGAGAUUACAUGUGCUAUUGUUGAUGAUAUUGGAGAUAAGUAUUUUUCCCUUAUGAUUGAUGAAGCCCGGGAUGUGUCAGUGAAGGAGCAAAUGCGAGUUGUUUUGCAAUAUCUGAAUACAAAUGGGUAUGUGAUAGAGCGAUUCCUUGCUAUGGUUCAUGUACCAGAUACAUCAGCUAUUUCAUUGAAAAAUGCCAUUGAUUGUCUAUUUGCCAAACAUGGGUUAUCACUUACAAGAUUGAGGGGACAAGGAUAUGAUGGGGCAUCAAAUAUGGGAGGAGAAUUCAAUGGUUUAAAGGCACUUGUUCUAAAAGAAAAUUCAUACGCAAGGCCUUUGUUGGGAAUAACAAAUGAGUUAUCAUUUGCUCUACAACAAAAGGAUCAAAAUAUUGUUCAAGCAAUGCGUUUGAUUGAAGUUGUAAAGGCUUGGCUUCAAGACUUAAGGGAGACGGGAUGGGAGGCAUUUUUGGAGAAAGUUAGCUCUUUUUGUGAAGGAAACUCAAUCCCAAUGCCUAAUAUGAAGGAAAAUAUGCGAAUCCGUGGUCGUUCUAGACGGGAAGGGCAAGUCAUUACUCAUUUUCACCAUUACCGUGUUGAAAUUUUCUGCGAGGUCAUUGAUUCGAUUGCACAAAAAAUGCAAAAUUACUUCCCAGAAACAAGCACAGAAUUACUUCUUCUUUUGUCAUGCCUUGAUCCAAGUGACUCAUUCUCCAAAUUCAACAUCCAAAAACUACUUCGUCUUGCAGAACUUUAUCCCAAAGAUUUUACAAUGACUGAGCGCAUGAUGCUUGAGAAUCAACUUACUACUUUUAUUUAUGAUGUGCGGCAUGAUGCAGAUUUUAUAAACGUUGGGGACUUGUGA